GGGAGCAAGGAAGACUUAGGAUGGCCAAAUUGUGGAGGUUGUCUUCAUUUGGGUUUGUUUUGUUCUUGGGUCUGGCUCUAAUGUUAUUGCCCAGAACCCAGGGCUGGAGCAAAGAGGGUCACAUUUUGACAUGUCGGAUAGCGCAGGGUCUUUUAGAGCCCGAGGCUGCCGAAGCUGUUGAAAACUUGCUACCGCAGCACGCCAAUGGAGACCUGUCUUCCCUCUGUGUGUGGCCCGAUCAAAUCCGGCAUUGGUACAGGUAUCGAUGGACAAGCCCACUUCACUUCAUUGAUACCCCAGACGAUGCUUGCACGUAUGACUAUUCAAGGGACUGUCAUGAUCCCCACGGCGUGAAGAACAUGUGUGUUGUUGGUGCUAUCCAAAACUUUACCUCGCAGCUUUUGCACUUUAGGGAGGGAACCUCAGAUCGUCGCCAUAACAUGACAGAAGCCUUGUUGUUCUUGUCACACUUUAUGGGAGAUGUCCAUCAGCCAAUGCACGUUGGUUUUACAAGUGAUCAAGGAGGAAAUACCAUCGCCUUGCGCUGGUUUAGGCACAAAUCUAAUCUGCAUCAUGUUUGGGAUAGGGAGAUCGUCCUUACAGCUCUCAAAGACUACUAUGAAAAGGACCUGGACAACCUUCAAGAAGACAUCGUGGGGAACAUUACUGAUGGGAUCUGGUUUGAUGAUGUAGCAUCAUGGAAAGAAUGUGAUGAUCUUCUUCCUUGUUUGAACAAGUAUGCAACAGAAAGCAUAAAUAUUGCUUGCAAAUGGGCUUAUAAAGGCGUAGAGUCAGGGCAAACUCUGGCAGAUGAAUACUUCAAUUCCAGGAUGCCAAUUGUCAUGAAAAGAAUUGCUCAAGGAGGAGUUAGAUUAGCCAUGAUCUUGAACAAGGUUUUUGGUGAGUCUGAAGAAGGUUUUGCAACAGCAACCUAACAGAUGCAGAAGGCCAGAAAAUAAAGGCAGAUGCUUUAGUUAACCACAACCAUCGUUAAAUUUGACUUGUCAGAAUAACUGUUUUUAUGUAUGCACGCAUGUAUGUAUGUAUGUAUGUAUGUGCUUCAGCACUGUAUGUAUUCACUGGUACUUUAUAAUUUAACUUUCA